AUGCCAGCUGCCAAUAUGACAGAAACCCUGCAGCUCCCAGCACUGCAAGUCCCAGAGCAGCAGGUGGUGGAGGGUGGCUGUGCCUGGUCCAGUUCGUCCACCCCAACCCUGCGCAGGAAGCGCUUCAAGAUGAGGCGGAUGAAGAAUGUGCAGGAGCAGAGCCUGGAGGCCGGCAGGUAUCAGGAUUCUCCUUCCUCCAGCAAGGAAUACUUGCAGCUCCCGUCCAUUGAAAUCACCCCCUCCAGUGAUGAGGACACUCCCUGGUCCAACUGCUCCACGCCCAGUGCCUCCCCGCGGCGCAAGCGCUUCCUCCUUCGGAAGUGGCUGCGUGUGAGAGAGAAGAAGGAAUACAGUGAGAGCAGCAGUCAGCAGAGCAGCCAGCAAAGCAGCCACGAUGAUGACUUGUCCCGAUUCUUGAGCCCUCAUAUGUGUGAUGACAGUACUGCCAGUAACUCAAACCGCAGCACGCCUGCCUGCUCCCCGAUCCUGCGCAAACGCUCCCGGUCCCCGACACCGCAGGACUCCCAAGGAGACGCCAUGGUGGAAAAAGGCUCCGACCACUCGUCAGACAAAUCCCCUUCCACGCCGGAGCAGGGUGUACAGCGUAGCUGUUCCUCUCAGUCAGGCCGCAGUGGGGCCAAGAACUCCAAGUCACACAAGCGCCUCUCCAAAUAUGACAGACUUAACCUGCUCAAAAAAAGCCAGAGUUGGUAUAAUCAUGAGAGACAGUACAUCCGGAGAGUGUUGAGUCCAACAUACAAACAACGGAAUGAAGAUUUCAGGAAACUCUUCAAACAGCUUCCUGACACGGAGCGCCUCAUCGUAGAUUACUCAUGUGCGCUACAAAGAGACAUUCUCCUGCAGGGCCGCCUCUACCUCUCUGAAAACUGGAUCUGCUUUUACAGCAACAUCUUCCGUUGGGAGACACUGCUGACAGUUCGCUUGAAGGAUAUCUGCUCGAUGACCAAGGAAAAAACAGCACGGCUCAUUCCUAAUGCCAUCCAAGUUUGCACUGACACUGAAAAGCACUUUUUUACUUCCUUUGGGGCUCGAGACAGGACGUACAUGAUGAUGUUCAGACUCUGGCAGAAUGCUCUACUUGACAAGCCUCUCUGUCCAAAGGAGCUCUGGCACUUUGUCCACCAGUGUUAUGGGAACGAGUUGGGUCUGACCAGUGAUGAUGAAGACUACGUGCCUCCUGAUGAUGACUUCAACACAAUGGGCUACUGUGAAGAAAUCCCCGUGGAAGAGAAUGAAGUCAACGACAGCUCCUCAAAAAGCAGCAUGGAGGCCAAACCAGAAGCUAGCCCUCAGCUGCCAAAGAAAUCUGUCACUGCCAGCACGUUGACAUCUACGGGAAGCAGUGAAGCGCCAGCCUCAUUUGAUGGAGUGCUACCGGAAGAGGAGGAGGCAGUGGCGGAGAGUCCUGUGGAAAAAGACCUUGGCAUUGCAAAUAUCAUGGGAGAGAAGAUAGAGAUCAUUGGCCCCGUGAACUCUCCUUCCCUAGACUUCAAUGACAACGAAGACAUUCCCACUGAGCUCAGUGACUCGUCAGAGACCCAUGAUGAAGGGGAAGUCCAAGCCUUUUACGAGGAUCUGAACGGCCGUCAGUAUGUGAAUGAAGUGUUCAACUUCAGCGUGGACAAACUGUACGACUUGCUUUUCACGGACUCCCAGUUCCAGAGGGACUUCAUGGAACAGCGCCGGUUCUCUGAUAUUAUCUUUCAUCCCUGGAAGAAGGAAGAAAAUGGCAAUCAGACCAGAGUGAUCUUGUAUACCAUUACCCUCACCAACCCUCUGGCCCCCAAAACUGCCACUGUCACUGAGACGCAGACAAUGUACAAAGCCAGCCAAGAAAGCGAGUGCUAUGUCAUAGAUGCAGAGGUGCUAACUCACGACGUCCCCUACCAUGAUUAUUUCUACACCAUUAACCGCUACACGUUGACUCGUGUUGCCAGAAACAAAAGCCGACUCAGGGUUUCUACAGAGUUACGUUACAGGAAACAGCCGUGGGGGCUGGUGAAAUCCUUCAUUGAGAAGAAUUUUUGGAGCGGCCUAGAAGAUUAUUUCCGUCAUUUGGAGAGUGAACUGACCAAAACCGAGAGCACGUACCUGGCUGAGGUCCACAGACAAUCCCCCAAAGAGAAAGUGAGCAAGCAAUCGACCGUGCGCCGGAGAAAACGGGCCCAUGCCCAUCUGCGGGUGCCACACUUGGAGGAGGUGCUGAGUCCCGUCACCACCCCCACGGAUGAGGAGGUUGCACAUCGAAUCAAGCAUGUGGCAGGUUCCACUCAGACACGGCACAUCCCUGAGGAGAGCCCCAGCGGCUUCCACCUGCAGAGUGUCUCCAAGCUGCUUCUUGUCAUCAGUUUUGUGAUUUGUUUCAGUCUGGUGCUGCUGGUCAUUCUCAAUAUGAUGCUGUUCUACAAACUCUGGAUGUUGGAAUAUACUACGCAGACGCUCACGGCAUGGCAGGGCUUGCGGCUACAGGAAAGGUUACCCCAAUCUCAGACAGAAUGGGCCCAGUUACUAGAAUCUCAGCAGAAGUAUCAUGACUCAGAGCUACAAAAAUGGCGUGAGAUCAUCAAAUCCUCGGUGAUGCUUCUAGACCAGAUGAAGGAUUCACUAAUAAAUCUUCAGAAUGGCAUCGGGUCCCGGGACUUCGGGUCAGAUCCAGAGGAGAAACGGAAACGUUUCCACUAACAGGCAGGAAUGCAGGAGGCCAGAGGAUGGUGUGCAAUAUGUGUAAAUAGGAUAUAUAAAUAUAUAUAUAUAAAUAUAUAUAUAUACAGAAUAUAAAUAUAUAUAUUAUAUACAGAUUUUAAGAGAAAAAAAAGCCUACGUAUCGAGAAGACGGAUUGACCUCCAACACUGGCUGAAAUGGAGCG